GUGAGCUCACACAUAAGACAGCAAAAAGAGCUAAAUGCAGAGAGCUUCAGAUCCGACCAAACAAUGACGAUCGUUAAACCGUCGCAGUUCUCAUUCUCCGGCGGCGGAUCUUCGCCGUUAUGUUCACUCAAAAGCUCACUCCUCACCGUCGCUAUUCUCACUUUCAUUUCCCUCUUCUACCUCUCUCUCAAUUCCUUACGCACUUCGCCGCCGUCUCCUGUCAUCGUGGUAACACCGAUUCAUGUUCCUCAUACCUUCGUGAAUGAGUAUAAGACUGAUAACGAAACACCGACGAUGGAAGAAGAAACCUACUCCGAUGUUUAUCACUCACCGGAGGCUUUCCGAUUGAAUUACGCCGAGAUGGAGAAGAGAUUCAAGGUUUAUAUUUAUCCCGACGGCGAUCCAAAUACGUUUUAUCAAACGCCGAGGAAAGUCACCGGUAAAUACGCUAGUGAGGGGUACUUCUUCCAGAACAUUAGAGAGAGUCGAUUUCGAACCCUAGAUCCAGAUGAAGCAGAUCUCUUCUUCAUUCCAAUCUCUUGUCACAAGAUGCGAGGCAAAGGAACAUCAUAUGAAAAUAUGACUGUGAUUGUUCAAAACUAUGUUGAUGGAUUGAUAGCUAAGUAUCCUUAUUGGAAUAGAACUUUAGGAGCAGAUCACUUCUUUGUUACAUGUCAUGAUGUUGGUGUUAGAGCAUUUGAGGGAUCUCCGCUUCUGAUUAAGAAUACUAUUAGGGUUGUGUGCUCACCUAGCUACAAUGUUGGUUUCAUUCCUCACAAAGAUGUUGCUUUGCCUCAAGUUCUUCAGCCAUUUGCUCUCCCUGCUGGUGGAAAUGAUGUUGAGAAUCGGACGACUCUUGGUUUUUGGGCUGGUCAUCGAAAUUCUAAGAUACGGGUUAUACUUGCUCAUGUGUGGGAAAACGACACAGAGCUUGAUAUUUCAAACAACAGAAUUAACAGAGCUACAGGGCAUUUGGUGUAUCAGAAGAGAUUCUACCGGACUAAAUUCUGCAUAUGCCCUGGUGGUUCUCAAGUAAACAGCGCUCGCAUAACGGACUCGAUCCAUUACGGAUGUAUUCCUGUCAUAUUAUCAGACUACUACGACCUCCCUUUCAACGACAUCCUGAAUUGGCGAAAAUUUGCGGUUGUACUCAGAGAGCAAGAUGUCUAUAACCUUAAGCAGAUCCUCAAGAACAUACCUCACUCAGAGUUUGUUUCGUUGCAUAACAACUUGGUCAAGGUAAAGAGAAUUUCACCAUCUUAUCCAGUAUUGUAUACAAGAAGCUGAUUGGUUUUGUUGUUGUGCAGGUGCAGAAGCAUUUUCAAUGGAACUCACCUCCAGUCAAAUUCGACGCAUUUCACAUGAUCAUGUAUGAACUAUGGUUACGCCACCAUGUCGUCAAGUACUGAUCCAAGACUUUUUUUUUUUGUUUUUUUUCCUUCUUCAACCGCGUAGAUACGGUCCCAAGCCAAAAAAAGCUAGCAUGUACACCUCUUGUAAGUUUUAAAUAUCAUAGCUUAUGACAGUAACACGGAACAUCAACAUUUCAUUCUUUGAGGAAAAUUCAUUAUUUUUGUGUAUUGUGUACUCUGUUCCAUCCUGUGAAUUAGCCAGCUUCUUUAUAAGGUCCCCAACAAACGCAAACGCAACACUGGAUGGGUCUAUCACUAUGAUAUUGUUCCAGAAAGAUUUGAUAUUCUUAUCCCACAAACCUGCAACUCUUUUUCCAUGAGAACCUUUUCUUCCAUAUAUUAAGAACAAGUGGGGAAGCUAUUGAAAAACUGAAAUUGGAGCUUAAAUAUCUACUUAACAACAUCUGC